AUGAGUCAGCUGGUGAGCAGUAUUGACGGCGUGGUAUUAGUGGAACCAGGAUACCUACAGGAUCGGCGAGUGUUUGCCAUGGUCGUAUUGACGUUUCGUUAUGGCCGAGAGGACGAAGAAGUGAUGGGACUAAAGUUCUACACGGAAGCUAUCCUCGACUACCGACAGGUAUAUCCCGAACCAGCGAAUCAAACGACAAUUGAAGAGCUUACGCCAUUACAAGAGACCUUGAUGCGCAAGUUGGGUACGGAAGCAUACCCGCUUACCCUGCGCGUCUCUCCGAAGGCGCCUCCCAGCGUUCGCUUGCAUCCUGCCAGACCUUACAUCGGUAGUCCGCUUGGCGUCUCCUACGAGAUCAAAGUGUUUAUAACGGACAAAAACAAUGACAAACCCCAUAAACGUAAUAUGGUUCGGAUGUCAUUGAAGACAGUUGAAUAUGCGCCGGAAACAACUGUUGGAAUCAUCCGAGAUCCCAUGUGUCGACCGCGGAUAUCUAUUGUAAAGCAUUUUAUCCUCUCUUCAGGUCGUCUUGAGAUACAGGCCGUGCUUGAUAAGGAGUGCUAUCAGCAGGGUGAACCAUUACACGUUCACGUUACGCUAAACAAUUCUACGCGGACGAAAACAGUUCAACGGCUGAAGGUAUCCGUGAUACAACACGUAAACGUAUGUAUGUUUACGCACGGCCGCUUUAAAAACAUCAUCGGAACAGGUGACAGCAGCGAAGGUGGCGCAGGCUCGAGUGCCGUCACGCCAAUGAGCCGCGCUCAAAGGGACUUCGUCGUUGUUCUAGAGCGCUGCGAAAAGUUUCCCGUAGCCCUUGCUGUCGAAAGUGACUACGGACACGACGAUCCGAGUCAUUACAGCCUUUCCUCCACGACGUCGCUUGUGGAUCCGAAAGAUAAAAAUCCGUACGGAGUCAGCGUUCAGUAUGAAGUAAAGAUCAAGGCAAUCCUCGGCUGGUUCGACCGUCACAUCAUCGUUAGAAUACCUUUCAAGAUCGUGGCCAUUCGACCUAAGGACAGUCUCUCUACUGGACGAUACCUUUCUUCCGAAGCCUCACAGACAGAACACCGAAGCGGAUGCCAGAGUGACCGUAAGCUUAGCCAGCAGUUUCCUUGCGCUCUUCUCAACUCAGCCGAGUUCGUCUCGCAGGAACUCGACAACCGUAAAGUCAAUGAGUCGCCAUCACCCUCGCCAUCACCUGAACCUGAAUGCCAAUCAAUACGAUCCCCGCAUCCGAAGAACCAGAACACAUUUACCGGCAGCUAGGAGUCACCUGUAGGCCGUAUGCUGUCACAGGAAGGGAAAGUGAACGGCCAUUCACAGCAGACGAUUGCUGGAUCGAGAGCCUUAAGAUGAUGUCCUUUGGUGUACCAAGAUAAUGUAAAGGUAGCGCGACAAAAAGGCAGUAGAGGAUUAAGGGUGGUUCAAAAAUGUAGUCCAGAAAACACAUCACAAUGAACGAGAAAGGGCGAACAGGCAGCAAGCCAAUGUAGAACACUCUCCAGACACACUUUUCUAAUAAAAAGAAUAGUUAUAAGAGCAGUAAUAUUGCUAUGAACAUACGGAAAGAGGGCAGUUUAUAAACAACUAUCCAUUACGCCAAUAUCUGGGUUGCUUGCAUUUGCUCUGAAGGAAGCCAUGUACAGCUGAUAUGUUCCGUAGAACAUAAAGAAAACGCUUUUCAUUUCUGGUGAUUAUUUCAUAAUCCAAAACUCUCCGUAAAAAGCGCUUUACGAACCUCGAGAGAAGGGUGUUGGCACGAUAUAUACAAAAUGAGCUGUAGUGCUGUCGUUAACGUACAGACGCUGUCACGUACACGUAUAGGACACACAGAUCAGCUCCUUGCGCUUUAGUGCUACUUCCAGUUGAUCGAUGUUAUCUCGAGCGAAUUUGGCAGAUGAAGUUCUGCUGUUACGAGAAGAAAACUUAUCUAACUGACACGACCUUAGAGACGUAGAAGAAGAUCUUCAGCAGUAGAAUUGUUAGAGGACUCAAUAAAUAAUACUAAAAACAUUUGACGUAUCAAUAAAACGCAUACAUGCAUAGACCCUAUAGCUAGCUACGAUAUAACCAAAAUCCAAUGUGCUGAACAUGAUAUGACAGUGUGUCAUUCACAGGUGACACAAUGUUCCCGCCUAUAUACAGUUUUUCUAUGGAAGGCUCCUUAUUAACUGUGCACACCUAUAGGGCGCAUAGAUCUAAACAUCAAUCGUUCUACGUAUCAUUGCAUCGUUACGGGCAUUCAGAGACGCGACUGAAUAGGAAACAUGAAGCCGAUAGACGUAGUCUGAAUUUGGCAAUCAAAUGAUGAUUGUAAAAUAUGGUCAAAUUUCAUGACGACUCUCACCAUAAUGUCGAUGUCACAACAGCUUCAAACCGACCAUGUUACCCUCAGUCCGCCGCCAAGGUCCUAUUGUAUUAAACACAAAACGAUUUAAAAUCAGGUAUAAGAAAGAGGUGUUAUGCAGUAAUAUUUAGUGCGUAUUACCUACCUGCAAUCCUCAAGCUAAGGAUAAAAUUCGAGACAUAUCGCGCACAUAUAUACACCUACCUUGUCGAAAACAGUUUGCAGGUGAGCGUUCCUGCAUCCACCUUCCUUGUCAAUGAGACACCUCAUAGCGCAUUAGAUUGAAGAUAUCUUCGAGACUUCAGUUCGACUGCCAGAAGAUCACUUUAACGUUACAGUAAUCAAUCUUUCUUUCUUGUAUCAUUCCUCUGCAACCAUUUUCAUCCGGCAACCGCGGCUUUUUUAACUUUGGCUUUUUUAUAAAGAGACUGCAUUGUCCACUGGCAACAAUAGGUAAAAUUCAUUUUCUAUGGUCGAAUUGCUGGCAGAUACUUUUACGUGCGACCCACUUUUACCAACACGAAAUUGAGCAAUGAUAUGUCAGGAAAUUUGGCGGGCAAAUUUCAAAUCGGCCCGAUAACAACAUAAUGAAAAUGUCUUGAGCUAUCCUGUAUUUGGUAAUACAUAAACACGAAUUUAUAUCUAUCAUCCAAACUUUCAACUUACAAAUGAAUUUAUUUCGACUAGUGUCAAAGGAAAAAUCGUCCAAAACCUGGAAUUUACGUCAUAAGUAAGCUUGUCUCAGUUUUUUAUCCACUGCUCAUGGAAGGUCAUUGUGUUUCAGUUCCUGUAAAACGGUGCACGAGAUGCUAAAUGACAGUUUAGCUGUCAAAACGUUUAUAUCAAGUUAUCAACAGAGCUCUCUGAAACUGGAUCAACGCUAACUUCUAGAUAGCACCAACUCUAUAAACAGUAGCCCGCGUCUGCUUCUGCGGUUAGUGAUUACGUUUGAAUAUAGCAGAUAGUUUAACUUGAAUGCAAACAAUCUCAUAGUUAUACACAAUAAAAAAAUAAGAAGACGCCCGUGUGUAAGGCAAAUUAAUAUUUUCCUUUGAUUAGAUAUCUGCGAACUUUUAGAUUUCUGUUUUCCAAUUUGCCUACGUAUCUAGCCGACGAAAACAUGCUCGUCAAUAAUGUACGGAACUAUUUUUACGCUGGAUGCAUUUUCCAUUUACUGACCUUACGCUAUACAUCUGUGAGCGUUAUUGUACGAACAAAUUUUCGGAAUCACCUAUUGUUAGGUUGACUAAUUGCUACCACAAGUGCUAUCAGAUGUAAGCUCCAUUUAGCCUAACGAGAUGGAUGAAUGAAUGAAAACUUUCCCCUACUUCGUAUGUACACAUAAAUGACUCGGGCUAAGGACCAGGUUUCUGGCCUUUACAUUCGUAAUCUGUUGCCUGCCGUUGGUAAGAGCAGCACUCGUCCGACCGUAACAUACAUUGUACCUAGCGAACCAAAUGCACAUACACGCAGGUAUUUAGAUAACAGCAUAGCAAUGGAAACCUUCACGAAGUCAAACAAAUGCACGGAGUUGACUCAUCGUAAAUUAGGUAAAGUAGCCAUGCUUCCUGCUGAGUGUAAUGGCGCAAGCGGAAAACGGCAACGCAUGAAGCCACUAAGCGUUUGUUUGGCGGGUUUCUCCGUCGUACAUAACCACUACCUUCAUCAGAUAGACCUGUGCCACGGUUCGAUGGAUGUCCGUGUGUGUGACAGAAAGAAAUUGAUGCCGCUUUACGCUAGUCGAUGGGUCACUAUCGAUGAUGUCUUCGUCAGUCUGACCCAGUAAAUUGAUUGACGCCAACAAAUCGAUGAAACAUUCACGCAUUACUAUACACUACUUCAUUCGGAACGCUGCAAAGGUCACCCUACAGUUGCUUCCGUUGAUAAACUCAAAUCUGAAUGGAAAGAAACACUAGAAAGAACCCAACAAUAAUAAAGUGUUCCACGCGUACUUGUGUUGACACAGCUCCAUGAUCGUGAGUAUGGUUAGGAAAACGGUUAGGGAAGAGUUACGCUAUUCAACGAGUAACCAAAGUAACACAUAGAUAUUGUCCGUUGACCUUCCCAGCGCCACGUCAGGUCCUUAUCAGUGUGCCUACAGGACAAAUUCACGUGCUUGUAGUAUGACGCUGAAUUUCGCUGUAGACGUCACCUCCUCACACUGUCCGCAUCAGUAACCCAUGCGAGCCAAGAGCGAGCAGAAUAGAUGAACCCGUGUAGAAGCGUAUGUUUCUUGGCAAUACAAUUGUUUCUUAAUGGCAAAAGAACACUUGGAAAUUUUAUUUGAACGUCAUUCUCCAAAAGGGAAAUUGUUUACAGAUUUGACUAACGCCUUUGACUGCCUGCAAUAUAGCCGGUGUAGCGUUUUUUCAACACGCAGGCGAUUGACAGGGUGACCCAGAGUAUUUGCCAGUGUCAUGCUUCCUGUGAUUUCUGCGGCCAACAAAGCCCACCGUUUUCGUACUGUUUUUGUGUCCAAGUGCGUUCUCAUAGAGACACAGAGGGGCAGUUUAUAUAGAUUGAAGUGAACUCUCUCACCUGACGGUGAAGUGAGGCUGGGUGACCAGCCAGCUACGUACAAUCGAUAACACUACCAUUUAAUCAAAUACGCGGACGCUAAUAAAUAUCACAUAUUCACACCCAUACGAAGCUACCUCCGUGGCAACAUCAUGCUAACUAAAUGAGCGUCGUCAUUAUUAUG